AUUGUGAAUGACUUAAGGAGAAUGCGUUGUGCUCACAUUGCCAACUUACGAAUAAAGAAUAGAUGUAAGUAUUUCAAGACUCGUCUUCAGGUCUUAGAAGAUACUAUCGGAUAAGAUUAAUUACAGCUUUCGUACGUAAAUGAACUUGUGUUUUUGUCGCGUGAAAAUUUUCAAGUACAACUUUUAUUUGACAGAUAAACAUAUAAAAGCUUUCCUACAUUCCCGUCACAAUACAACGAUGCGAUUGCUGAUGUACAUCCUGUUUGAGAAACUAUCUUGCUCGCUCUUAAAGUCAGUAUUUGCUCUUGACAUCGAGUUUCAAAUGAGAGCUACACUUAAGGGUUAUGUGGAGCCACGCUACCGAGGAUGUAACGGAGUAAUGAACGGUGUACACUCUUAUUUUUGAGCUUAGAGCGAAGCUCAGCAAUACUGGAUGGUGGAGUGCUGUAACGGGUACAUACCCUACAAUGACUGACUUACUGAUUACACUUUUGUACCCCUCGCACUUGAAGCGAAGCUCAGAGGUAGCAAGGGUGUUCAUGAAUCGUCCUGUAAUGGAUGAGGAUUUUGGGACAUAUGGAUUGUGUGUGGCUGAUAGUACAACAAGGAUUACAAGUUUCCAUUUAAGCAAGACUUAACUUAGUAUAGAUAUCAAUGACAACGAAUUUUCCCUGCGCAUAGCUCAACUCGAACGGGUCCGCGUAUUUAAACGCAUUUAAACGCGAAGGUUUUCAGACGCUAAACGGUUUGAUAACUAAAUUUUCA